AUGUCCGAAACAUCACAAGAGUGCAGAUAUGCUGCUCUCUUCAGAGAAGAGAGUGACCUCCAAGAAGGUUGCCUCGAAAUUGCGUUUGCAAAAUGCGAGCAGAAUUUUCGAUUAAAAUGUGAUGUAUCUGUCGAACCAAAGUGUGGGCCAGCUAUUAAAAGAACAUGUCGCAGAUUUUCGUUAAAAGUUUGCAAGACAUGUAAAAGUGAAACUUUACCAGUCAUCGGCGACAACGGGAUUGUAUAUAAAAAUUCCUUUUGUGCUAUCUGCAACUUCCAAAAUGUGACUACAUUUGCAUUGCUGGAUUUUGAGAAUAUCACAAAAGAGUUUAAGUUGGCAGAUGAAAGCAUGUUAAAUUCUAGUAUAACACCAAACAUUGUUUUACGAAGGUGUUUACCGACAGCAAUUGACACUUGCCCAUCCACAAGAAGUUCGAAUCUAGUCAAUUUCUGCUUGAACCAUUCUGGAGCAUUAAUUAGCACCCCAGAUGGAAAUGUUAAGACUACGUUGUACAAAAACAUUUACUGUGCAAUGUGCAAUAAUGCAAAUAUACAAAGCCUGAAAUGUUCUCCAUGGGCCCUAGAUCCUUCAAAAGAAAGAGAACUUAUGAAUGGCCUCAUAAGGCCACUCAUUGCUGAUUUUGUUACAGGUGAUAUACAAGGCAUUCGAAUGGAUGACAUUCCUGCCGCGUUCUCGAUUUUGCUCAACUUCGGUCUUGAUGGUCGAGAAAGGAUGUAUAUCUCAUCAGAAGGGGAGAAAGACAUGAAGUAUUACCAGGAACUAUGUGGUUCAAGUUACAUUUGGGAUCCAUUCAGCAAAGUUUGCCGCAAGUUGUACUGCUCGACAGAGUUUGUUUUGGUUGAUUAUAAGUGUGUCAAGAAAGAGGACUUUGAAGGUCAAGUGAGUUCGUAUAACAAGACGGCAAAGAUUCCUGAUUCUGAUGCGAAGUUCGUGCAUUUGUCACUUAGUGCCGAAAUGGAACUUUUAGAUAUAUUGCACUUUCAUGGGCUGGAACCGAGUGAAAUUUGUGAAACUAUUCACGAUUCGCUGUGUCAAUCUUUUAACAUUAAAAAAGAACGCAUUCGAAACGUUUCUUUUAAUGUUAGCGUUGCCAAUUUCACUGAUAUUGAACAAAUGAUGAUUUUUGUGAACAACAUGGAGGAUUCUGAACUAAUAACAUUUACAAUUGAUUUCGAUUUAUAUGAAGAUAUAUCUGUUAACGAUACAGCGCUUGAGCCUUCAGUAGAUAGCAUAGUUUCAAUGCUAGCUUCAGCACUCUCGAUUAACGGUUUUGAAUUUGAAGUUAACAAUGUAACCGGAAGAAUAUUUGAAUUACACCAAACCGUCUCUACUUUAACAUCUUGGUGCAACCCUGACAAUGGAGGAGAACGGAAAGAAUAUUGGAAUUCUGACUUCACGUUAGUUUUGGGAAAUGACAGUUCUCCAUUAGUUGGCAACAAAAUAAAAGGCAUCUAUGUCAACAAAACUCAGAAGUUUUACUCAAGUGGACAAUUUGUGGCCGACAUUCUUUUCCAAGGCUACCAGUUCAGUGGAAAUUUGAUAAACGUAAGUGGUUUAGCUGUGAUUUGUGACUGGAAAGCAAAAUUGGAUGAAUCUUGUCCACGAAUUUUGUUAGAACGACACGAAUACGAAGUUCUUAGGAAUGGCACAGUCGUGAUCCACAACUCUUCCCUCAGCAAUCGAAUUAUAAACAAUGUCUACGAAGUGACGGACAACGAUAGCAUUUUGAUGUGUCUCCAUACUGUUAUACCGAAUACCACAAACGAGUUCUACAGAUUGGAUAUGAACAUCGCUCAAGCUUUAGUCAGUUAUAUCCUUUCGUGGAUUUCCAUCAUCGCCUUGAGUAUAGUAUUUAUUACGUACACAAUAUUCCCCAAACUCCGGAAUCUUCCCGGAUGUAAUACAAUGAAUCUCACAUUUUGUCUGAUAUGUAUGCAAAUUACAUUUAUUUUCGGGCAACGAAGCACAGUGGUCGGCUUAGCUUGUAAAAUGGUAGCUCUAAUUCUUCAUUAUGAGAUUUUAUGUUCUCUAAUGUGGAUGAAUGUUAUAGCGUACGAUUUGUACCAAACUUUUGGCAACAAAUACAUAAAAAGCAGCAUACGCAGCAAAGCCGAAUAUUUACUGAAGUAUAUGGCGUACUCAUACGUCAUUCCUCUUCUGAUAAUAGCUGUAGCUACUUUACUCGAUCAAUUUGUUGAGAGUGAUUUUUCUCCGCAUUAUGGAAGGAGUGAUAGAUGCUGGAUCACAAGCAAAUGUGCUGCCAUCGUAUUUUUCGCUCUGCCACUUGGAUUGAUUAUGUUUGUCAACUAUUGCUUCUUUGUUUUAACAAUUAUUUCGAUCAGGAGUGUAAGACACAAUUUGUACCUUUCGAACCAAAGCAACGCCAGAAAAGGUAAGAGUGAAGUUUUCUUAUAUUCCCGAAUGGCUUUGGUUAUCGGGCUUACUUGGGCAACAGCCUUCGCCGCAGCAUAUGUCAGAGAGGAAAAGCUAACUGGCCAAAUUCUUACUUAUUGCUUCAUUAUUUUUAAUACUCUACAAGGAGUAUUCAUUUUCUGUGUGUUUGUUUGUAAUCGUACAGUUUUUGAACUCUACAGAAAAACAUUCCGGCAGUUAGCGAAAAGAAUAAACUGUGGAACAAAUUCAACAUCUGCUCUAUCCAAAUUAGCUAAUGUGAUGAAGCGCACAGUGUCCUCGGACACGGUGGUGUCCACCAUUUCGAAUAGUAGCGGAGCUUCAAAUGAAACUCAAUUGAGCACUUUGAGGGAAAAUGAUGUAAUUAUAGACAGCCACAAUGUAUAG